AUGAGCGCGAGCACGGCAAGCAGCCGGCAGUUCUCCCGGCGCCAGUCCAUAGAUCCACACUCCAAGUCCAGCCAAGCAGCCGCUCAUGGCGCCCUUAGAGCCAACCCCGCGAUUCCGCCUCCCACGCCUAAGGGAAAGCCAGCGAAGUACGGGCUGGGCGAGGACUCGAUGAUCGGGCAGGAGAUCAAGCACCUCGAGUCCGAAUCGUUCAACGCGGACCAGUUCAUGCAGGCCAAAUGCAAGGCCAUGAGCGAAAAGUCGCUGCGGAAGCUGUGCGCGGAACUGGUGGACUUCAAGCGCGCGUCCGCGGAGGAGAUGCGCAAGAGCGUGUACGCCAACUAUAAGUCCUUCAUUCGCACGGCAAAGGAGAUAUCAGAGCUGGAGGGCGAGCUGCGCAACGUGCGCUCGCUGCUCACCGCGCAGUCCACGCUCAUCCACUCCCUCUCCGACCGCUCGCCCAUUGUCCAGUCCCACCUCGCCGACCCCGACCGCUCCGUCUACGAGGACGACAAGGAAGCUUCCUCGCAGGAGGCCAAUCUGCUGCAGAUCCCAGACAAAAUGGCCGUGUGCCUGGCAGAAAGGCGGAUAGACGAGGCGUUGGAUCUCUUAGCCAAAGGGGAGGAUGCUGUGGUGAUGUGCCGUGCGGGGCAGCGACCAGCAGUGAAUAAAGACUCUCUGGAGACCUUAGAUUCGAGCCUUGCUGAGAAGCGCGCCGAGCUUGUUGACCUGCUGGCCAGGAUCACCCUGCAGCCGUCGGUUCGGCGAGCGGAGCUUCGGCACGCCGUGGCUGCGCUGGCGAGGCUCGGCGACCCGAAACGGGCCCACACACUCAUGCUGGCGUGUCACGGCGCGCAGGUGCAGGCGGCUGUGCAACCGCUGCGACCGGGGGGCGUAUCCUACGGUGCAGCUUACACGGCGAAGAUCUCACGGCUGGUAUUCUCCACGAUCCUGGCCGCAGCACAGGACUCCAAGGCCGUGUUCGGCGACACGCCCUCCUGCGCCUCAGAGCUGGUGCUCUGGGCGCACGGGCAGACCGAAUGGUGCGGGGACCUGCUUCAACAGUACGUACUGACGUCGGCAGCGGCAGCUGGCGGGCUGCGAUUGGCCGCCGAGUGCGUGCAGAUCGCGGUGGGGCAUUGUUCGCUGCUGGAGGACCAUGGGCUGGCCAUGGCCGCCGUGCUCAUGCGCCUCGUGCGCCCCAAUGUGGAGCUGGCGUUGGAGGCAAACAUAAGGCGGAUAGAGGAGAGCGUGCAGGCCAUGGCUGCCGGGGACGACUGGUCGCUGCUGCCUGUGCCGUCGGCUCCGCGCAGCGCUGCUGCUCGGAUGCUGGCUGAUGCUCCUGUUGCGAAUUUCCAGCUUACCAGCAGCGCGUACCGCCUCUAUUCCAUGGUGCAGGACUUUCUAGAGGACGUGGUGCCAAUAGUGAAUCUGCAGCUCACCACACCAACCCUGGACGGGCUAGCGCACCUCUACUCCCAGUACACCGCCAUGCUCAACCGCGCCCGCACCCCUGAAGACUCCUCUGAUUGGGACGCCUCCGCCUCUGCCGCCUUUGCCACCUCCACCAGCCAAGCCGGGGGCCCCGGGGACGCCGGGGAGGGGGAGGGAGGCGGCGCAGGGGCGGCAGGAAUCGUGAACAAGGCAGUGACGGACCGGCAGCAGCUGGCUCUGAUUGCCAACGCGGUUACUCUAGCAGAGGAGCUCCCGAGGCUGGCAGCGCGGCUAACGCAGCCGGUGGCCGGGCAGCGGGCGAGCCGGGAGCAGAGAAGGAGUUCGGGAGGGGAGGCGAAGCGGCAGCAGCUGCUGGCGUGGAAGAAGCAGCUGAGUGAGGGCGUGGAGGAUCUGAAAAUGGGGUUCUGUAUGCAGAAGGCCACUGAGCUGCUGUAUCCCGAUGCGUGCAUGGAUGAUGCCUUGCUGCCCCACCUCUACUUCCUCAUGGAUCAGGUGGAGUCAGAUCCCUCGCUCUGGUUCAAUGAUGCGCAGCCAUCCGAGGCUCUCAAGAACUUCCUGUUCAUGACGCUGACCGUAUCGGAUGCGGCAUCAGAGGUGCUGGCGGGGCGGGACCGCCUGGUGCUGCAGCUGCUCACACAGUACGGGCUGGCGCUGCUCACACUCAUCUGCCAUGACAAGGCCUGGGAGGACAGCCACAACUUCGUCGGGCCCACCGGGCUGCAGCAGUUCCUGAUGGACAUAUCGUUCCUCAAGGAGGUGGCGGCGCGCUACCACUUCACAUCACGGCAGCUGCAGCAGGUGGCCGACACCAGCAUGGAGCGCGCCCGCGAGUCCUUCGACCUCAACCGCUUCAGGGGCAAAUUGGCGAGAGCGGGGACGAGCAGAAAAUCAGCGUUCUCUGUUCAAUGCAACCUCGUGCGCAAAGUGAACGGGAAGGAGCUGGACGCGUUGCUGUCGGGCGAUCGGCCGCUGCCGAUGGUGAUCGACUUCUACGCCACGUGGUGCGGCCCCUGCAUCCUCCUCGCACAGGAGCUGGAGCAGCUAGCAGUGGAGUACCAUGGAGAGGUGCUGUUUCUCAAGGUGGACACGGACGAGGAGUACGAGCUCGCCAACCAGCUCGAGAUCCGUGGGCUACCCACAGUGGUGUUUGUGAGCAAGGAUAAGUCAAAGCUUGCCGUCCGCACCGAGGGCUUGCUACCCAUUGCGUCCAUCAAGCAGCUGAUCGAGGAGAUGUAG